AAGGAAAAAGAGAACCCCUUCUGCCUUUUCUAUAAAAGCCUGGAAGGCGGUGAAGUCCAUAGAGCAUUCUUGUCAGUUUGCUCCCUCCGAUUUCUCCGUCUCCUCUCUUCCCGCCGAAACCCUUUCAGACCUGAACCCUAACAUCGAGUCGAUCCCUCCUCCCCUUUUCAUUCUCGAGCUCCGGCAGCAGUCUCUCUCUCUCUCUUCCGCUACGAUGGCCGAGGCCGCUGAGGUUGCGAGCAAGGAGGACUCGAAGGACCAGAGGAAUAUCUUCUCCCUGUUCGGGAACUUCUUCAAGUUCCCGUUCCCCAAAAACGAGCCGAAAUCGGAGGUAACCGCUGCUACAACGGAAGGAGAUGAAGCUGCGAGUGAGAAGCGCGAUGUCGUGAGCUUCCCCUACAAGCCUCUGGAGGCUCCUCCACCUUUGAAGCUCGAGGCGGAGGAGGAGUCCGGGAAGACCUCAAACCCUCUGAUUCUAUGGCAGGUAGGGUUUGUUUGCUGCAGUUAAGGUUGCAGAGAAGAUAAUAUAGCACUUUUGGACCAUCUGUAUAUAGGAUUGAACGUCAAUUAGGUACAACUUUACUUGAAAAUCUGAAAUAAGAAUGAUCAAUGACCAGUGAACGUCGAUUAUGUGCCUCCUGGUCGCAUUUGUCACCUGCUAUUGUAUCUUAUGUGUUGUGUCCGCGUCUAGCUGUUGGUUACCUAUGUUUCAGUUGGAGUUGGUUGCGCUACAGUUUUAUUAGGGUUGUGGAGUAGAUAAUAUGGCACUUUUGGACUGUCUAGGUUUAGAAUUGAACAUCAAUUUGGUGAAACACUGCUGACAUUGGAAUACCGUAUUAAGGAUGAUAAAUUACCAGUGAACGUCAAUUAUAUACCACCUGGCUGCGAUUUUUACAUGUGUGACUUGCUCUUGUGUCCCCUGUGCUGUUUCCGUGUUUAGUUGUUUGUUCGCUAUGUUCACAUAGGGUUUGUCGUCCUGCAAUUUGGUUAAGGUUGUUCAGAAGGAAAGAUAAUACUGUUGGAAUAUCUAGGUUUAGAAUUGAAUUCCAAUUGUGUAAAACUGUAUGUACUAAAGGUCUUUUUGAUGGAUAAGAAUUAAGAACUUUGCUAGACUUGGAUUGCUGAGGUAAGAAUGAUGAAUAUAUCUCAUGGCUGUUGGCUGUGGAGUGUUGAGUGCUUUUUGGCUAGGACUUGGUGCUUUGACGCGCCCUAGGGGCAUAUGUCAGGUGGUGUUCUGGACUUUCUGAGGUAUGAGCCAGGAGAGAGGAAUACUAUGAAAAUCUGGCUUGUUUGAAUUUUUUUGUUUAUUUUGCUGGAGACCGAAUGCAGAGAAUGGAAGUGUGAUGAUAAGAGUGAAGUUAAAGGUCUCUUCAAGUAAUGAAAGAAUACUGCCGCAAUAACUUUUCAGGUUCUGCUAGUUUUUCGACUGAAAUAUGAUGUGAAACAUUUCAUUAUCUUUGCAAACAACACUGAUUAAGGAUACUAAAAGUAGUGAUGUAGAUUAUAAAGGUGGAAACAACAUACCAUAGAUUUACUUUGGAAGCUGAAGAAAGGAAUAAAGUACUAUGAGAAUUUUUCAUAAAGUAAGACAUCCAUAAUUAGAUGGACUGUAAGAAGGUGCAGUCUUUCUACUUUUCAUGUAAACUUAAAUUGAAAAAUGUGAUGCAACUACAAGUUUUUUUCUAUAACUAAACAAGAGUGACAUGUCCUUUUGGUGUGAACUGAUCAGACAUUUGGGAGGAUUAGAUUUGACCUUUACAUGUCUGGUUUAUUGAUUUAGGCAAUACCUCCCAAUAAGGUGGACUAGUUUUAAAAAAUAGAAUUCUCCUCGUAAUUUUGGUGAGCUGGUCAGAUAAGUUCUUCUCAAGAACAUAUGGUGAAAAUUUACAAAUGGAGAUGCUGAAAGGGAACAUGUUAAUGAUAGAAAGGUCAUUAAUUCAUAAUUGUAGAACAAUAAAGGUGGUAGUAGGUUGAAACAUCGGUGUGGACUUAAUCAGAACUAACUGUAGUUUCUGCCUUUUGUUUACUGUUUACUUUAUUUGCUAUGCUGUUUUCAAUUUGUACUUGUUUGCAGGAUACAUAAUUCACCCAUUCACCCCACACACACAGCCAAAGUACCCACCAAAAAAAAAACAAAAAAAACAAAGAACAAAAAGGGAAAUUUGCAUUACAUUGCAUGUAUAGCUGCCCUCAGCCAGAGCAUGUAAUCCACAUUUUCUUCAGUCUCCUUAAAAGUUUCUAUUCAGCCUUUGAAUAUUCAAAUAUGGAUCAUGUGAUCUUAAGAUCAUGGUGCUGACACAUGAUCUUGACACGCAUCUAAGUUCAUAGUGGUACUGAUAUAUCAAUAACUGGAAGUGUAAAGGUCAUGGUGGUGCAUAUUUGGUUGAACAGUUAAUGGCUGUUUGCAGACUAAUGCGUGCUGAUGCAUGAACCAACACACACACACACACACCCCUCCCCCUCCCCCCCCCCCCCCCCCC